AUGUCGAUCCAUCCAUCGCGUCUGGCGUAUGUGGAGGAUGCAGAGGACGUGGACCGACGAGGCGGCAUCGACCUGGCAAGCGUCCCACUCGAGCAUGACUACGAGAUGCCGGUGACGGCAUCGGGCAUGGCGCCCGAGAAGGCGUCGGAGCUGCUGGCGCAGCUGGCACGAAAGAAGAUUGCGGCGACGAUCGCGGUGCCCAAGGAGGACGGCAAGGUGCGGGAGCGGCUGCGAGAGCUGGGCGAGCCGGCGACGCAGUUUGGCGAAGGGCCAGCCGACCGCAAGGCGCGGCUGCGGGAGCUGCUGGCGAUCGGCGUGGAGCGAGAGCGGGCGGCAGCAGCGAGCAAGGCCCAGGGCGGCGAGGACGUGGCCAUGGACGACUACGCAGACGGCGACGGCAGCAGCGACGACAGCGACGACGACGGACCACAAGAGUUUUACACGCCGGGCGGAUCGGCUCUGCAGCAGGCUCGGCGCAGCCUGGUCGACUACUCGCUGCCGCGGACACAGCGCCAGAUCGCGCUACAGCGCACCGAGGCGCACAUCCCGCUGCGCAGCCAGGUGCGGUUCCGCGACCAGGUCAAGACACGCCUGCGCGGCUUCGAGCUGCAGGCCAGCCAGCCGACCGGCGACCGCAACAUCAGCAUGACACGCAUCGCACCGGGCGGCCAGCUGGUGGCAGCCGGCAACUUUGGCGGCUCGCUCGGCCUCUAUGGCGUGCCCAACCUCGAGCUGCAGCGCAGCCUGCGCGGCCAUACCGGCAAGAUCAGCGGCCUGUCGUGGUUUCCCGGGGCAACGCUGCCGACGUCCGAUGUCGGGCCCGGUGCCGUCAACCUGGCCUCGGGCGGUGCCGAGGGCCUCGUGCAGCUCUGGUCGCUCGAACAGGACACCCCGGUCGCCACGCUGGCUGGCCAUACAGCACGCGUCUGUCGCGUCGAGUUCCACCCGUCGGGCGCUUUCCUGGCCUCGGCCUCCGAGGAUGCCUCGUGGCGGCUGUGGGACGUGCGGCGAGCGGGCGAGGACGCCUCGUCGGCUGAACUCCUUCGUCAAGAAGGCCACUCUCGCGGCGUCUAUGCCGUCAGCUUCAACACUGACGGCUCGCUCAUCGCCAGCGCCGGCCUCGACAGCAUCGGACGCAUCUGGGACCUGCGGUCCGGCCGCACAGUCAUGAUCCUUGACGGCCCGCUCGACGGCCACAUCAAGCCCAUCUACGCGCUCGAUUGGGGCGCCGACGGCCACCGCCUCCUCUCCGCCUCGGCCGACGGCUGGGUCAAGUGCUGGGACGUCCGCAAGGUCCAGCGUGCCGGCGGCAUCGGCGCCCACACCAGCUCCGUCUCCGAUGUCCGCUGGUUCAAGGGCCUUGACGACGGCCUGCUCGGCACGCCGCCUGGCCCCGACGACAAGGGCUUGCCGCAGCCCAAAACAUCCGGCACCUUUUUCGUCUCCAGCGGCUUCGACCAGAAGAUCAACAUCUACUCGGCCGACGACUGGGUCCUCGUCCAGUCGCUCACCGGUCACACCGGCCCCGUCGCCAGCGUCGACGUCAGCCGCAAUGGUCGCUGGAUCGUCAGCGGCGGCCACGACAAGACUGUCAAGCUCUGGGGUCGCGACGAUGGAUCGGACAUGUACUCGUGA